AUGAUAACUGCAGCUCUACACGAACCUCAGAUUCACAAACCGGCAGAUACUUCUUCAACCGUCGUCUCCGACAAUGCGCCUCCUACGCCUCGAAUAUUCCGAUCAAAGCUCCCGGACAUUGACAUUCCCAACCACCUCCCUCUCCAUACUUACUGCUUCGAAAAAAUUUCCUCUGACUCGGACAAGCCUUGUCUAAUCGUGGGAUCCACCGGGAAAAGCUACACAUACAGCGAGACUCACCUCACCUGCCGGAGAGUCGCUUCCGGAUUGUACAAAAUGGGAAUCAGAAAAGGUGACGUCAUCAUGAUCCUCCUUCAAAACUCCGCCGAAUUUGUUUUCUCAUUCAUGGGUGCUUCCAUGAUCGGUGCCGUCUCCACAACGGCAAAUCCUUUCUACACUUCUCAAGAGAUUUACAAACAGCUCAAAUCUUCCGGGGCUAAGCUCAUCAUCACUCACUCUCAUGACGUCGAAAAAUUGAGAAACUUUGACGACAAAACCAAACUCGGAGAAGACCUCACGGUGAUCACCACGGACGAGCCAACGCCGGAGAAUUGUCUCCCAUUCUCCGCACUCACUGAGGAGACAAACCCACAAGAAAGAUCAGAAUCUGUUGACGUCGGCGGUGAUGAUGCGGCGGCACUUCCUUUUUCUUCUGGCACGACGGGGUUACCAAAAGGAGUUGUUUUGACACACAAGAGCUUAAUCACGAGCGUUGCGCAACAAGUAGAUGGAGAUAACCCAAAUAUUUACCUGACAUCAAACGACGUCGUACUAUGCGUUUUGCCUCUUUUCCACAUCUACUCUCUCAAUAGCGUUCUUCUCAAUUCCUUACGAGCCGGUGCGACGGUUCUUCUGAUGCACAAAUUUGAGAUCGGGGCAUUGUUGGAUCUAAUCCAGAGACACAGAGUGACAAUAGCAGCUCUUGUUCCGCCUCUUGUUAUCACUUUGGCGAAGAACCCUACCGUUAACUCUUACGACCUUUCUUCCGUAAGAUUGGUUCUCUCCGGUGCAGCUCCCUUGGGGAAAGAUCUUCAAGAUAAUCUACGUCGUCGCCUCCCUCAAGCCGUUCUUGGUCAGGGAUAUGGUAUGACGGAGGCAGGGCCAGUCAUGUCAAUGAGUCUUGGGUUUGCUAAAGAACCAUUCCCGACAAAAUCAGGCUCUUGUGGGACUGUGGUUCGAAACGCAGAGCUUAAAGUGGUUCACCUUGAGACACGUCUCUCACUUGGCGUCAACCAACCUGGUGAGAUUUGUAUCCGUGGUCAACAGAUCAUGAAAGAGUACUUGAACGAUCCAGAAGCCACGUCGGCAACAAUAGACGAAGAAGGUUGGCUUCACACAGGUGACAUUGGGUAUGUGGAUGAAGAUGAUGAGAUCUUCAUUGUUGAUAGACUCAAAGAGGUCAUCAAGUUCAAGGGCUUUCAGGCAAGUCCAUUCUAUUAUUAA